GUAGAUUUAAACCUAUGAGUAACAAACCAAAAAAAAAAAAUUAAUGAUGUAUCAAAUCUCAAAAUCUUUCUGUUUCUUUGCCAUCUUAGUUUUAGUUGUUGCAGUGCAACUAAUAGAAGUUGAAGGUGAGUGCACAAAGAUUGUUGGUAGAUGUCCUGUAGCAGAAUGUGCUAUCUAUUGUAGCAGAUAUGCAAAAGGUGUUCAUGUUAGAGAAUGGAGUUGUGAUUUCUUCGACUUAUGCACUUGUAAUUUCGAUAAGCCACCACCAGGGUCACAUCAACCUGCAUGCAAUAUUGGAAUUGGACUUUGCAGUCAUGAAUGUGAUGAAUCUUGUUGCAAUGCAAAGUGUGUUGGUAAAUAUAAAGAUACAGGUGUUGGAAAAUGUUUUGCUGAUUUUGGUAAAGUGUAUUGCAUUUGUAGCUAUAGACGUUAAUUGAGUUGUAAAUUGAAAUAAUUAUAAUGAUAAUAAUUAAUAAGAAAAACAAAUAUCAUCGUAUGAAUUAUGGUUUA